CGAGGAACCAGAUCUAGGCGCAGUGAUCGCCGCCGGGGAAGAGGCUGAUUGGCAAAGAGGAGGUGUUGGCGCCGACAGCGGCGGCUCUGGUUGGGUGCGGAAGGCUGUGGGCCGGGAGCGGCGGCUGCAGAGUUGUGUGCAAAUCUUCAUCUUCGUGUAAAACCAUGGCCGGAUAUGAUGCCCUGAUCAAUGAGUGUCCCCUUCUGUUGCCUCAGAAUAGACAAAAGACUGUGUUUGAUGGCUUUGUUAUGGUUAAGGAUAAGGAAUUUCGUGUGAGGAUACUGCUGCCUGAAGACAGAGAUCUGAAACAUGCAAGGCUUCAGUGCAGUUGGCAGCUAAACCAAGUCUUGCACGGAUACCAGCACAUUGUGAAACAGAGACUGCAACAAUCCACUGAUCUGGUCAGCUUUAUGUUGGAGUUUAAAACUGUUUUGGAGAUUGCAUUGAGAAACAAACAUGACCUGCAAACUCCGCCACCUCCACAGUAUUAUGCACAGCUUAUUAAAGAGAUUGGAAAUUUGGGUUGGGAUAAGCUUGCUUAUAUGGAUACAGAGUUCAGGACCAUUAAGCUGAAGGCUGCGGAUUCUGCAGGUCGAGAGCAUAUGAUCACAAUUAAAUUAAAAUCAAAGUAUCCAGCUGAACCACCUGACUGUGCCACAGAUUUUCCUGUUCCAUUUGUGCUUUCUUGGACUCAUGAGAGCUCUUUAGAAAACCUGCACAGUCAGUUUCUAGCAGCUCUGGAUUCGUUAAAGGAGUUCUGGGAUGUUAUGGAUGAAAUAGAUGAGAAGACCUGGGUGCUUGAACCUGAAAAUCCAGCACGAGCAUCAACAACAAGGAGAAUUGCUCUAAGUAACAAUGUCUCAAUAAAUCUGGAAGUGGAUCCUAGACACCUGAAAAUGUUGCCUGAAUGCUGUUUCCUUGGUGCUGAUCAUGUGGUAGCUCCGCUGAAGAAUAAGCUGAACACUAACAUGCAUCUUUGGUCUCCAGAGUGUACUGUGCUGCAAAAUCUAAAAGAUAUAUUGGAGAUAGACUUUCCGUCCAAAGCCACACAUGAGAAGUCUAGUUUUAGCAUGGAGUGUGGAAUUUGCUAUGCAUACCGACUUUCCUCAGCCAUACCGGAUCAAGUGUGUGAUGACCCCCGCUGUGGACAGCCAUUCCAUCAGGAGUGUCUUUACGAGUGGUUACGAGGUCUACCUUCUUCAAGGCAAAGUUUUAACGUCAUCUUUGGUGAAUGCCCUUACUGUAGUAAGCCAAUAACAGUGAAGAUGACUUCAAAGAGAUGCUGAAUAUCCAAGUGCUUUUUAAAUCAUCCAUAACAUUUGCUCCACAGCAGUUAAAUUAAGUAAACAUUUUAUUUUCACAAACCAUGACCAUUUACUGGGCCAUUAG